GAAAUACUGCAACUUCAUACAGAGACUUGAGAAGAUCUUUACCAUUUCAAUUCAUACUUAGCAUUAAAUACUUAUUUUCAUUUUCAACCAAUGAGAACACAAUUUUAUUCCUUCUCUUAACACUAUAAAUACAUAUCCCACUCCAAAUAUUCACCUCUAGUUCUUCAUCAUCAUCAUCACCAACUGAUCAGUUCAAAAUUAUGAACGAAAAAAUAGUAAAAAAGGCUCUGAGUAGCCUCGGCAAAGGAUUUGAUCUAACAUCAGAUUUUCGGCUUAAGUAUUGCAAAGGCGAAAAACGGUUAGUUUUGCUCAAUGAAGCUGAAAAAAAAGAGCUUAUGAUUCCGGGUUUUGGAUCUGUUAAAGAUGUUUCCGUUGAUAUUAAGUGCGAUAAAGGCGAACUUGUUCGGUAUCAAUCUGAUAUUCUUGAAUUUCAACAGAUGUCGGAGUUUUUCAAUCAAAAUUCAUCGGUCCCAGGGAAGAUUCCCUCUGGAUUUUUUAAUACGAUGUUUGGAUUUGACGGAGGAAGCUGGGCGGCGGAUGCGGCGGAGACGAAGUAUAUGGGUCUUGAUGGCUAUUUUAUUUCGGUUUUUGAUGUUCAUAUUGAUCGGUAUCCGCUUAUUCUUUCCGAUGAAGUUCGGAAUGCAGUUCCGGCCACUUGGGAUCCUUCUGCACUCGCCAGAUUCAUUGAAACAUAUGGAACUCAUAUCAUUGUGGGGCUAAGUGUUGGAGGUUCAGACAUAGUCCUUUUCAGGCAAGAUACAACUUCCAAUUUAGACCCAUCUGAUCUCAAGAAACAUCUGCAAAAUCUUGGAGACCAAUUAUUCACAGGGACUUGUAAUUUUUCCCAUAGAUCAAGAGAUCACAAACACAAGGCACCUCAGGCUUUCAAUGUCUUUGAUCAACAACCUGUUACCAUCAAUCCCUACUCAUCUGUCAGUGCAAAAGAUGGAAUCACAGUAAUAUGUAGAAAAAAAGGAGGAGAUGCAUCAAUUAGCAGCCACUGUGAGUGGCUUCCGACAGUUGCAUCAAAUCCAGAUGCAACUCAUUAUAAAUUCAUCCCUAUCACUUCUCUCCUUAAACAUGUUCCUGGAAAAGGUUUCUUGUCCCAUGCCAUCAAUCUUUAUCUUCGAUACAAGCCGCCUAUAUCAGAUUUACGAUACUUUCUUGAUUUUCAAUCUCACAAGAAUUGGGCUCCUGUACAUAAUGAUCUUCCAUUAGGUCCUACAACAAAUAUGACAAACAUUUCACCAGCUCUUCAUUUUAGUCUCAUGGGUCCUAAACUUUAUGUAAAUACUACUCAGGUUAUUGUACGAAACCGGCCUGUAACAGGAAUGAGAUUCUAUCUUGAAGGCAUGAAGGGUAACAGGUUAGCAAUGCAUCUCCAACACCUAUCAAACACGCCAACAAUACUCGAAAACAGGAUCGAUGAAACAUCAUUAUGGCGAGGAUCAGAAGAAAGUAACGACAUUGGAUUCAUCGAGGCAAUUUCCCGAAAAAAGUUUUCCCAUAUCUGUACGGCCCCUGUAAAAUACAAUCCGAAAUGGACAAUGGCAAAGGAUGGAGCUUACAUUGUUACAGGAGCUCAGCUUCACAUCAAGAAACACGACUCAAAAAAUGUCCUCCAUCUUCGAUUAUUAUACUCGAGAGUUUUAAAUUCUUUCAUCGCUCAGUCUCGGUGGGAUCACAGCUCCUCAGGAUAUUCUCAGAAGUCGUCAGGAUUGCUCUCUGCCAUAAGCACGUCGAUAUCAGGAGCAAACCCUGUGAACGAUAGACCGCUACAGGCCAUUGUAAUAGAUUCCGGUGUGUUUCCAUCAGGACCGCCCGCACAAUCGCAGAAGUUUUUGAAGUUUGUCGACAUUUCGCAGCUGUGUCGAGGACCGCAGGAUAGUCCCGGACAUUGGCUAGUGACAGGGGCUAAGUUGGACUUGGAAAGAGGGAAAAUAUGCCUUCAGGUUAAGUUCUCCUUAUUGAAUAUAUGUUCUUCAUUAUAAGAGUGAUUAAGAAUUCUUUUAUUAGUUGUGAAUUUUGUUUUUGGGUCGAAACUUUUAUUUAAUUUGUUUAUGUAGGCAAGACUUUCAAUGCCACCUUGUAAAAGUUGUGUACAUACAUAGGCUUUUUCUUUUUGUUCAUACUUUAACGUAAGUUUUUUGGGCAGUAAAUUAAUAAAUAUAUAUUAUAUGGAUUUCAUUCA